AUGUGCUUCGAACACAAGAUAGUCGCCGCGGGAUGCGGCCACCUCCUCGACCCCUACAAAGAAUUGUGCAGCGCAGCGCCGGCUGAUUACCCCGAGAUGCCAUGCGAGAACACCCUAGUCUACAUGACCAUUCUCCCCCAGUUUUGUAACUUCUGUCUAGAAAAUCGCACUCGGAUAUGGGGUUUCGGCAAGGCCUUUUCAUCCUUAUGCAAUAAAAAGGCUUUGAACACGUACUGGAAAGAUCUUGCGAAGCUCAACAACCAAGGUGCGGCCAAGACGCCCAAGCUACGCGACGAGAAGACGCCCGCGAGGGGCAUUGACAAAGCUGCGUAUUCGCACUGGAAGAGCACAAUUACGUUAUUCGUCACAGAAGCCCGUCCCCUGCAAGUUGUCGUCGGUACGGGAAGUUGGUGGGAUUUCAACUGGGCUGCUGGCUCGCCCUGGCAGGGUUUCCUGGCCGCCAUAGCUCGUGAGGCGAUAGAGAAAACCCUCAAAUUGACGCCAGACUUCGACGAGGAUCUCGACAAAGCGCCUGAGUAUUGUGAGGACAACCCCGAGGAGAUGUCCGAGGAGAUGGACAUGGAGAUGCACGAGGAGAUGGUCAAGACGAUGUCCUACUACGACUUCGACUGGGAAUUCGCAAUCUAG